AUGUCGUCAAGAAAGAAUAUCGUACUCUUUGGGGCGAGUGGAGUGGGCAAAAGCUCGGUCGUGAACCUCAUGGCAGGGAUGGUGGUAGCAAAGACAUCUCUUGGCUUAGAACCCUGCACGCUCCGUUGGCAACCCUAUGACAUCAACUUCGAUGGGGAAUGUUAUAAGGUCUUCGAUACCGUUGGACUCGAGGAACCGCAGCUUGGAAUCAAAGAGUAUCUUGAAUCCGUCGAGCACGCCUACAAGCUGGUCAAAGAAUUGGACAUGCAAGGCGGUAUUGAUCUGCUUAUGUUCUGCAUCCGCGCCGGCAGAAUGACCGCCACUCUUCAGAGCAAUUAUCGGCUCUUUUACGAAUUCCUCUGCGAGAAGAAGGUUCCCGUUGUCCUUGUGAUCACAAACCUCGAAAGAGAGAAGAAUAUGGAGGAUUGGUGGUAUCGAGAACAAACGACCUUGGCUAAAUAUCAAAUCGCCGUUGCUGGCCAUGUGUGUAUCACUGCCGCUGAUGGACUGCAAGCUGGCACACAGGCGGCAUUCCGCUAUGAGGAAUCGCGCCUCAAAAUCCGUGAGCUCGUUAAGCAGUUUACGGCUCACGGGCAGAGGCAGUCGUGGAUAGGAGGAAACAACCUGUUCGUCUCGUUGAUGCGCAGGCUAAAGGAGCUACUCACAGGGGGUUCGCAUGUGAGACGCAAAGAUAUUGUUCCUCAUCUCACGAAGCGUUGCGGAAUAUCUCCAGAUGUCGCAAAACAGUUGGCUAAUAUGAUACGACGAGUCUAAUUUUGAUACCCCAGACCCGCUUGCUUACUUUGUUUUUGUCGAUACGUUACACACGACUACUGCAUGGAGUUCAC